UAGCUGGAUGAGCAUUAUCUCUUUUUCUGUUGACAAAGGCAAUAGAAGAUAAAGGACUGAGACUGUCAAAUGUGAGGCGGAAGCAUGCAGCUUGCAGAGAGGAAGACACACCUCCUUCUCAAUAAUGAUACAGGAAAUAGAAACAUCAAGGCUGAGCUCACUGGAUUCAUUGAAGAAAAUGUUUUCUAAGAGUGGACCAGCAGACCGGCGUCGGUGAACACUGACGGAUAAACACAGUCAAAAUCAGGAGAGGAUUCAACGGAGUAAUAAUAUGUCUAUUGAGAAAUCGAAGUUAACUUACGUGAUAACUGGAGGAUGCGGUUUUCUCGGGCAGCACCUGUUGAGAGUUUUGUUGGAGAAGGAAGAAAAUAUCAAGGAGAUAAGGCUUUUCGAUAAAAACGUUUACCCAAGUCUACGAAGUCACAGUACAGAACAUUUGAAGGUGGUGGGGGUACAGGGUGAUAUAACAGAUUAUGGGAGUGUGCGUGAUGCCUUUCAGGGAGCAGACCUGGUUUUCCACGCAGCUAGUUUGGUUGAUGUUUGGUAUAAGGUCCCUGAGAAGGCCAUCUAUGCUGUCAAUGUACAAGGGACAGAGAAUGUAAUAAACGCAUGUGUGGAAAUCGGUAUUCAGUAUUUGGUCUAUACAAGCUCCAUGGAGGUGGUUGGUCCAAAUGUAAAAGGAGAUACAUUUAUCAGAGGGAAUGAGGAUACUCCAUAUAAUAUAUUCCAUGAGAUGCCUUACCCUAAGACCAAAGCUGCAGCUGAGAAAAUGGUGCUGGAAGCCAAUGGCACAAAGGUAAAGGGAGGGAACACUCUCUACACAUGCUCUCUACGGCCAACAGGUAUCUAUGGGGAACAGCAUCAGCUCAUGAAGGACUUUUAUCUGAAUGGGGUCCGUACAGGUGGUUGGGUGAUCAAGGGAGUUCCACGGAACACAGAGCACGGACGGGUCUAUGCAGGGAAUGUGGCUUGGAUGCAUUUGCUAGCAGCACGUGCCCUGCGGGAACAUCCCGAUAGGCUGGGUGGGGAAUUUUAUUUCUGCUAUGACGACUCACCAUAUAAGAGCUAUGAUGACUUCAACAUGCAGUUCUUGUCGGCCUUCAACUUUCGCCCGUUGCACGUUCCAGUGUGGGUGCUGUGGUUCAUAGCGUGGAUGAACGACCUGAUACGCUGGCUUCUGAAGCCGUUCUUCAACUACACACCAUUGCUCAAUGGAUACACACUUGCUGUGGCCUGCACAUCCUUCACUGUCCGCACAGACAAGGCAUUUCAUCACUUUCAGUACCGACCACUCUACAGCUGGGAGGAGUGCUUGGCCCGCACACAGAGCUGGGUCAACACGUUCCCUUUAGAAACCAGCUCUAAGGACACCUAACAGCUGCUUCAGUGUCAUGAGGACACUGUUUAUAAACACAUCUGUGGCCAAAUAUGAAAGAUGAGAGGUUUUGUGACUGUGUGUCAAGCGUGUGUCAUGACUUUUCAACUGAUGAUGAAUAUUUGAGCGUUGUAUUGAAGUAUUCAGUAUGUGUUUUUACAUAAGUACACUUAAACAGAGCACCUCUUAAUCAUAUAAUCACAGUUGUCAUCUGUCAUAGUUGAUCUAUCUAUUACAUGAAUAAAUAAUAUUUUAAUCAUUUAUGUAAUAGUAACAGCUGGGAGCAUAAUCUUUACAUUAAAUACAAGCACUUUCAUGCAAAAUGCACAAGUGAGGCUAUUUUGAUAGUAAUCUAGUGAUACAAACCAUAUUGUAUUCUCUUGAUCUGGUAGCUGAAGCAUGUGUUUGAGCUGAAUGUACUUUAUUAGUUAUUUAGUGUUAUAUAAUCCACCACAUAUAGGUGUAUAUUUAUAAAUUUCUUUGUCCAAAUGAUUUCAAAUAAGUAUUUUGUUAAACUUUUUCAGACAAGUAUGUGCUAAUGAACACACGCUUUUAAAGUAAUUAUUUGUUUGUCUUAAAUAUAUUGAAUUGUUUGUAAGAAAAGUUUCUAAUUUUUCUGUUUAUAG